UCCUUGAACUCGUACAUAACACUUCAGCUUCAGCACACCAAACCAUUUCUAGUGUUGCAUAUGUCGCUCUCGCUUGUCUGGCCAUUACUUGGGUUCAGCCCAAUCACUGCUCGUUCGAGUUUGAGCACAAUUCAGUCUCGCUCACUCUUAGGCUCUGUCAUUUGUCAACAACGUUUACUUUCCGCACGUGCGCAUGUGCCUCGGACGUGGGUAUUGAAUCGACGAGGCGCUGUACGCAAAGGGCAGCUCCUCCUGCCCAGCUUGCUGACAGCUGCAGGGACAGCAGGGAUUGCACUUGGCCUAGCAACGUGCAUCGCACCAAUCAUUCAUUGUGACAGUAAAGGGCCAGGUACCACACCCACUCCACCUUCUCAGGCCCCCCCACCCCCAGAGUCCUCGGUCAAUCUGUAUGAAUUGACAUUUGGUACAGUAGCUGGCAUGUGCGCAGGGGUGUUCAUCAAGAAAGGUGCAAAAAUAGUCGCAUUCUUCUUGGGUGGUGUAUUCGUCCUCCUUCAAUACCUUGGGUCGAUGUCACUCGUCCGUGUUGAUUGGGCUCGCAUGGCUGCUCGAUUCGAGAACUUGUUGUAUACCAAAGAUGCGUUAGGUAACAAGAGGCCACCAACUAUUCCAUCACUGUGGAGAUGGACGGUGGACUUUUUAACAGCAGACUUCCAGCCAAGGGCGUCUUUCAUUGCUGGACUCGCGUUAGGGUUGCGCAUUGGUUGA